AUGCAAUUUACUCAUGAGCUGGGAGCUAUCAGCAGAGGAUCAAACCUCAAUAAGAAGAGUCUUCUUUUUACAGCAGAUAUUUACAUUGGCGUGUUCACAAUUAAUCAGCACAUUAUUCAGCAUUAUCCUCAGAUGAUUGAGCUAUAUGGCCCACCAAGAGCAUAUAGCACACAAUCCGUGGAAAAAGCCAUUGGUGAGUACUCCAGGUUCAUCAAGAGUAACUUCCAAGUCAGCGUCAAUGCUGGAAAAAUCAUGAUCAGACUGGCUCAAUCCCGGCGUGUAGCGGAACUGACAACCGUUGCAAACACAAAAACUCUGCCAGCUAACCUUCUAGUUUACAGUGCAUAUACCAAUGGGUGGCCUUUUAGAGAAGGGGAUGAUCCUGCCAAUGCUGAGUGUGAAAUUGAGUUCUGGGGGCCUUUGAAGAAUUUAACAAUUUUUGAUAGCUUUGAAGAUAGCUCUCAUCUUUCAUUGCUUCUUAAAACGUUUUAUGAUUUGAAGGGGGGAGAAUAUAGUAUGCUUGAGCCUUCUAUAAAGACAAGCUGCAAGGCCUAUCUUAAUGGUUGUGUUAUUGAUGCUGCAUUCAACCAAAGUUCUACAAGAGAUGCAUGUCAUGUUCAUAUGCAGCUACAAGUGGACAUGAACUCCAGAAGAUCCCGCUCUUACCAUCCAGGAUAUAAGCAUUUCUUUGGAAAGGUGGUUAUAUUCUUCCAACAUGUACACAACUCGAAGAGAUGGCCACUAGCUCUCAUAACCAUAUAUAGUGUACAUUUGAAAAAUGGAUUGCCUAUUAUAUCUGUAGUAAUGCUGAAGACUAUAGUGAUUUAUGCCAGUGACAUUGUAGAGUUGGUUGGCUUGGUGCCAUCAAAUGUCAAUGGUAGCCAUUACAUCAUUUGGCCUAGCCUUAAACGUAGCCCAAAAUUGAUACUUGGUGCCUUAAAACAAAGAUUUUCUUGUUUCAACUUGGAUUUGUGGUCAAAAAUGAAGUCACAAAUUCAAAAAAGAUCACCUUUUUCCCAUAGUAGAAAGGAUUUCAUCUGCCAAAGUUUCAAAGUUCUGUUUAUUAUUAAAAGAUAUGAAACAUUUGAGAUACAACAAGAUUUAGUGGCAUUUUCUAUAGCUUGUUUUUUCUUUCCCUUUGCUGUAUAUGCUAUUAAAGUAGCUAGCUGUAUUCCUAACUGCUAG